UGUGCUGAACGCGACCACCAGGGUUAGUUUGCUUUAGGAGCCUGUGAUAAGCUGGAGUCAACUUGCUGUGGAGGCCGAUGAAGAAUUCUGAGUUCCAGAACCUCCAAAUCCAGGAGUCUAGUGUGGGGAUGAAGAUGGAUAAAAGAGUCAAUGGAGAGCUGCUUGGUUGAGGCUGAAUAAUGGGAUAUGAAAGUGAACAGAUUAGAGCCAGGUAUGCUGGAGAACCAAGAAAACUGAGCCGUGGAUGCAGGUUGGAACCUGGCUACUGCUUCAAAUCAAGUCUCUUCUCAGAAAUCCACAAGGGAAUAACAGUAAAUCAUUUUCCCAACUGAAGAUCUUGUUGGCAGUUUUGUGAAGACAAAUGAUGUUACUUGGGGGAUGAGCCAAUAAUAUUGCUUUGAGAAGCCUCCUUCACUGCCUGAGUAGAAUAGCUACAAAUUAUUGACUGUAUACUGUGUGCCAAAUAUUGAGACAAGUGCUCAUAACAAACACUGUGAUUGAAGAUGGAGGCAAGGCAGCCUUGUCCCAGAAGAUGAGGACUGGUGAUGAGUUGGUGAAUAUCAAUGGGACACCAUUGUAUGGCUCCCGCCAAGAGGCGCUCAUCCUUAUCAAAGGCUCUUUCCGGAUCCUCAAGCUGAUUGUCAGGAGGAGAGACACCCCUGUCAGUAGGCCGCACUCAUGGCAUGUGGCCAAGCUGCUGGAGGGGUGCCCUGAAGUGGCCACCACCAUGCAUUUCUCUUCUAAAGCCUUCAGCUUGUCCUGUCAUUCUGGUUGUAGCACAAGUGACAUUUGUGUGCAGUGGUGUCCCCUUUCCCGGCACUGCAGCACUGAGAAAAGAAACUCCAUUGGCAGCAUGGAGAGCCUGGAGCAACCAGGCCAACCAACCUACGAGGGCCACCUCUUGCCCAUUGAGCAGAACAUGUACCCUAACCAGCGUGACUCAGCCUAUAGCUCCUUCUCAGCCAGCUCAAAUGCCUCUGACUGUGCCCUUUUUCUCAGGCCAGAGGAGCCACCCUCAACAGACUGUGUCACACCAGGCCCAGGACCAACAAAAGCCACCAAUGGCUUAUCUAAUGUGUCAGAAACCUCAGGAAGUAGCCAUCACACCAGUGGGAGCCAUCUUACUUCUACCUCCCACAUGGCAUCUUGCCUACAGGAGGUCCACCACUCAGGACCUGCCAAAAUGGUCAGGGGUCCACCACAGCCUCCAAUUAGGCGGGACAGCCUUCAGGCCUCCAGAGCUCAACUCCUCAGUGGAGAUCAGCAGCGGGCUUCUGAACUUGUGGACUCCUUGCAACAGAAGGAGAAACCUGGCUUAGAGAUAGUGCUAUCCCGAAGGAAUCCUAACCAGUUAUGCUGCCUUAGCAGACAAGACUACGUAGCAGAUGAGGGUCAUCAGAACUGUGAGCUCAGCCAGACUCCUGGAUCCAACCAGCAGGGCCCUGAGCAUCUACUGAUGACAGACAGUUCCUCCAAAGCUCUUGGUUCUCCAAAAGCCGGUGACAAAGCUUCUUGCACAGAGUUUAGCCUACUCAAUGAUUCUUCAGCAGAACUGGCUAACACACUGCCCUUCUAUAGUACACCACACCUCCCAGGAACUAUAGAACAUCGCCACAGUGCCCCUGAACAAGUGCUGGCAUCCCACCCACCGCAGGUGCACCUUGAUUCCAGAGGCAGCAAAGGGAUGAAGUUGCCAGCUGGGCAGGAUGGGCAGCAGUGGACUCUGUCCCCUGUGCACAACAACCCUAAGGGGGAGAAAAGUCCAUGUUUUCCCACAGGAGGCACCCAGGACCAGACCAUCAAAGAAAGGAAGACCAGGCCAAUAGAUGAUAAGCUGUUUGGCUCAGUACACCAGAGCCAAAGGGGUUUCCCACAUGGAGAGGCUGGUGGACACCCUCCAGAACAAACUUUCCUGAACCCAAACAGAGCAAGCAAAUCAGGCAGUGAAUUGGCCAGCCAGCAGCCCUCCGCUUCUGGCUACCCCAUUCAACAAACCAGACACCUCUCUUCAACCACUAAAGCAGCUGGUGGCACAGAAGAGACUGAAGAAGGUAACAGUGAGCCCAAGGAGUGUUGUUGGAUGGGUGGCAGGAGAAGUGGAGGCCCCCGGGGCCGCUCCAUCCAAAACAGGCGGAAGAGCGAGAGAUUUGCUACCAAUUUACGUAAUGAAAUUCAGAGGAGAAAAGCCCAGCUCCAAAAGAGUAAGGUUCCCUUGUCACACUUGUGUGACACUAAGGAGCCAGUGAAAGAGACCCAGGAGCAUCCAGAAAGUCCUCCACUCUCUGCCUCUAACUCUUCUCUUCUAUCUUCAUAUAAAACAAACUCUAGUCCCAAAGAAAGGCUCCUCAACAAAAGCAUGAUCCUCAGGGCUAGGUCUUCAGAAUGCCUCAGCCAAGUCUCUGAGAGCUACAAAUCCAGGAUAGACUUAGAAGGACAAAUAAGCCCUGACCAGAGGUCUGGCCAAUCUUCUUUGGGCCUGAACACCUGGUGGAAGGCAUCUGACCCAUCUUCCUCAGACCCUGAGAACACAAAUGCUCACCGUGGAGCCUAUGGAGGUCAUUGGAGAUGGUCUACAGAGAAUAACCCACAGUCACAUGUGGCACUACCCUUGGAAGGGCCUUCCAGUGUAGAUGAUGAGGAAUUGAAGACUUCUACUGCCCAAGCUGGGGAGGAAGCCAUCCUUUUGCCAUUUGCAGACAGAAGAAAGUUCUUUGAAGAGAGUAGCAAAUCCUUAUCCUCAUCUCAUUUGCCAGGUUUAGCUACUCAUUCUAACAAGACUUUUACCCAGAGACCAAAACAUACAGACCAAAACUUCCAAUCAAUGACUUAUAGGGAAUUGAGAUGCCAUCCUUUGGACCAGUCCUAUCAUUCCACAGACCAACCAUAUCAUCCUACAGAACAAGCAUAUAAUUCCAUUUCACCCCUUCAAUCAGAAACUCCCACUUACUCAGAGUGCUUUGCUAGCAAAGGUCUAGAAAAUUCCCUUUGCUGUAAGCCACUGCGUUGUGGUGAGUUUGAUUACCAUAGAACAUGCUCUUAUUCCUGCAGUGUUCAGGGAACUGUAGUCCACGACCCUUGCAUUUAUUGUUCUGGAGAAAUCUGCCCUGCCUUGCUAAAGAGAAAUUUGAUGCAAAACUGCUACAACUGCAGGUGCCACCACCAAUGCAUCCGGUAUACAGCUUGCUAUCAUAAUCCUCAACAUGGUGCUCUUGAGGACAGCAGUUUGGCAUCUGGCAAUGCUUGGAAACCCAGGAAGCCAGCAGUACAGGAAUUUCCUGGGGACAAAUGGAAACCAAUAACAGGGAGCAAGAAGACUAGCCAGUCUGGGAGGGAAAUGGCUCAUUCCAAGACCAGCUUUUCAUGGACUCCCUUUCAUCCUCACCUUGAGAACUCAGCACUGGAUUUGUCAAGUCACCGAGCAGUUUCUUCUCUUGACCUCCUUGGAGACUUCAAACUUGCCUUGAACAAAACUGGAGAAUCUUCAGGUUAUGAGGAUGGGAGCUCCCUUGCCUCUGUGCCCCGCCCACUACGAAGCAGGGCUUUCUCAGAGAGUCACAUCAGCUUGGAGACUCAAAGCACCAGGGCCUGGGGGAAGCAUCAGAGGGAGCUCUUUACCAAGGGUAAUGAGACUCAGUCAGCUCUUCUUGGAGCCAAGAAAAAGGCCUUUCCUCCUCCUCGCCCUCCUCCUCCCAACUGGGAAAAAUACAGGCUUUUCCGUGCAGCCCAGCAGCAGCAGCAGCUGCUGCAACAGCAACAACAGCAGCAACAACAGCAAGAGGAAGAGGAGGAGGAGCAGAAGGAGGAAGAAGAGGAGGGAGGAGAGGAGGAGGAAGAGCUACCACCCCAGUAUUUCAGUUCAGAAACCACUGGUUCCUGUGCCCCCAAUCCUGAAGAGGGCCUGGAACAGCCACAAGCCUUGAAGCUGGGCUAUCUGGAAGCCUCAAGGCAGGGUUCACAAAUCCUCCCAGAGUCUUUUGCUCUGCAUCCCAGUGAUUUUCUGCCUCCUGUACAAGGCCACCUUCGACCCCAACCUGAGCAAGCUCAGCCUCCUUGCUAUUAUGGCACUCAUGGACUCUGGAGGACAACAGAGCAGGAAGCCACAGAGUCCCCAGAACCAGAAGCCCUGAUGGCAGAAGAAUCCAAACCUAGACCAGCAUGGAGCCAGACUUACUUCUUUCCUGAGGAGAAAUUCUCCUUCACAGGCUGGAGUGCUGAGAAACAACAACUUAGUCCCUCAGGCCUCAGUGAAUCCAAGACAACAGGACAAGAGUUUCAGCACUUCUCACCUCCUCCAGGGACCCCCGGAAUCCCUACCUCUUAUUCAGCAUAUUACAAUACUUCUGUGGCCAAGGCAGAACUGCUGAAUAAGUUAAAAGACCAGCCCGAGAUGGCAGAGAUUAGCCUGGGAGAGGGGGAAGUUGACCAUGAACUGGCUCAAAAAAAGAUUCAGCUCAUUGAAAGCAUUGGCCGAAAGCUUUCUGUCCUGCGGGAGGCCCAACGAGGGCUACUGGAUGACAUUAAUGCCAAUUCUGCCCUUGGAGAGGAGGUAGAGGCCAACCUAAAAGCUGUCUGUAAAUCCAAUGAGUUUGAAAAGUACCGUUUGUUUAUUGGCGACCUGGACAAAGUGGUCAACCUGUUGCUGUCACUCUCUGGAAGACUAGCCCGAGUAGAGAAUGCUCUCAACAGCAUCGAUUCAGAGGCCACCCAGGAGAAGUUGGUGCUGAUAGAAAAGAAGCAGCAGUUGACUGGCCAGUUGGCAGAUGCCAAGGAGCUGAAGGAGCAUGUGGACCGCAGGGAGAAACUGGUGUUCAGCAUGGUCUCCCGAUACCUGCCUCAAGACCAGCUACAAGAUUACCAGCACUUUGUGAAAAUGAAAUCUGCUCUUAUCAUUGAACAGAGAGAGCUGGAGGAAAAAAUCAAGCUUGGAGAAGAGCAGCUUAAAUGCCUCAGGGAGAGCCUACACCUGGGGCCCAGCAAUUUCUAACUCUACCAGGAGUCUGUCACUGUACCCCUUCCCAGUGGCAGUGGAAAAUGCUUUCAAUAUUCAGUAGCAGUUUAUUCGCAAGUACGUAGCAAUUACUUAGCUAAUGGUUCCAGCCCUCUAUCCUGGUCAGCCAGCUAGGAGACACUGGGAAGUAUCCAAACUUCUACUCUAAAGAGCUACAGCAAAGUGUGUUCAUGCAUCCAUGUUCAUUCCUAAUGUGCUUGGGAGCCAUUCACUGCCCAUAGAAGAACCAACAAAGUGCCUUCAUCUCUGUACUAUGACACCAAAGACUUCACAAGCUCAACAACACUCUGCCUUGCCAUAGAGGGAGACAGUGCAUGUAACAGAAUGAGAGCAAAAAAACGGGUAUCCCCACCCCUGACCCCCAGUAAAAGCCAACCUUAAGAGUGGUUCCACUUAUACCCUACCCAACAGAUAGCUGGCAACUUUGGCUAUUGUGGCUUUCAUCCUGUCUUGAGACUAUGGACCUGCUACUCUGUAUUGCAUUUUGCCCUGUUAUUACUAAUUCAUAGGCCAGGGUUUCACACUAUGAGCUUUCAAUAACUGUACUACA